UAAUUUAUCGCAAGCUUAAUUAUUUAAGUUCGUCUGUAUCUUAAAUAGAUAAAAGCUACGAGGCAAAAAAAGAGCACCAACGUUGUAUUCUAUUUAUUUCAUCAGUCCUGUAAUCAUGACUAUAUGCGUAUACAUGAGCCGACUGUCGGCUGUCGGCUGUCGGCUGCCGUGUGCCGAGCUAAUGCUACACACAUCGCAUUCGAUAGCGUGCAGCGCAAUGUGCAAAUUAAAAGGAAUACUGCUUGCUACUUCCGGAUUUUCGCGCGAUAUGUAACGCGAUUGUUUGACAACUAAGCUCGUUACCACGCGCCUUGUAAGCCGAUACUAGCUCCGCACCAAAACAUGUAAUCAUAAUCGGUAUUUUAUGUUUAAUAAUAAGCUAUGUAAGGAUUGUAAACACACUGACGUGCAUCGUGUGUUGGUCAUGCGCUAUUCGAAAGUUCUGUUAUUCAAAACACAUUAUACGUAGUACAAAAUACUGUGUAGAUAUAUUUAGCACAGAACUACACAGGCAACCUGUGCUUUUUUUUACUUAUUUAGUUUUUAUAUUAGUUUUUAUUCUGCAAAGUAUCAAAACGAAAUUCAAGUAUAAAGCUCUUCAGAACAUGAAUGUUAACCUCAAGUCAUAACAAAAGUAGAUAUGGAACUGACUGACAGUAGAGUGAAAUGUCUGCUAGACGGACAAAAAUUAAACGAUUUAAGUGAAGAGACUUUCGAUCAAUUAAUAAAUAUUUCUGUUUCUCACAUAUGUGGAAUAACAAACUCUAAAGAUCUCAGUAAUAUAUAUGGCUCAAAACCAGACAUAAUCAAAUCAGCAUACAAAGAUGUUCUAAGGUUACUAGUUGAAGCUGCGAAAUAUGAUUCAAGUUCGGUUCAGUUAAAUAGCCUACUCCGCUGUUCUACUCUCAAUCCAAAAUAUAUAACUAAAUUUUGUGAAAUUUAUGAAAAUCAUAAAUCUACAAUCCAGCAAUGUUUAGAGUCUUUCGGAAACUCUUUACCACACAUUGUUGAUGUUGACUGGAGAUUAGAUUAUUGUAUAAAAUCUAACUUUGGUGCUCCAGCGGAAACACAUGUAUACAUUGUGUCACUUAGUACAAUCAAACAUGGGAGUUUAGAAAAUGUCAAGUUUAAAUGUACUAUUCAGCAACUUCAAGAACUAAUUUACAAAUUAAAAGAUGCUGCCAGACAUACUGAAAAAUUGGCAAGCUCUUGAGAAAUUAAAAUAAAAAAUAAUUCUAAAGAAAGUCUUAAUAAAGUAUACACUCUUUUAUAUCUUUGUAUGGACAAGGACAAUUCAAUCCUUUAUGAUUUAUUAUUCAACUAAUUAAAAAUACAUUCUUUUCUGACAAAUAUUAAUAUCAAUUUAUAAAUUAAAAAACUUUUUCACAAUAAAGUAAGAUGUUAUGAUUAUGUCCUAAAAUAAUAAAUAUGUGUAUAUUUAUAUAUUAUAUAUCAUAUA